CACCGCGCACCGCGCCAUGGGGCCCGCGCCGGGCCGCCCGGGGCCGCCGCCGCCGCUGCUGCCGCCGCUGCUGCUGCUGCUGCUGCUGCCGCCGCCGCCGCCCCCCGCGCUGGCGCUCGACCCCGACAUGGAGCCCGGAGACUUCUCCGCGGACGAGGCGGGGGCGCAGCGCUUCGUGCAGAGCUUCAACCCCAAGGCCGAGCAGGUGCUGUACCAGAGCUCGCUGGCCAGCUGGGCGUUCGACACCAACAUCACCGAGGAGAACGCGCGGCGCCAGGAGGAAGCCACCCUGCUCAACCAAGAGUUUGCCGAGGUCUGGGGCAAAAAGGCCAAGAAACUGUUCGACCCAAUCUGGCAGAACUUCACGGACCCAAUCCUGCGCAGGGUCCUCGGCGGCGUGCGCAUUCUGGGCCCCGCCAACCUGCCCCUGAAGAAGCGGCAGCAGUACAACUCGCUGCAAAUCCACAUGAACAGGGUCUUCACCUCGGCCAGGGUCUGCUACCCCAACAUGAACGAGAGCUGCUGGUUCCUGGACCCAGACCUCAUGCACAUCAUGUCUGCCACGCGGAACUACGGGCUGCUGCUGUACGUCUGGGAGGGCUGGCACAAUGCCGUGGGCAUCCCGCUGAGGCCCCUGUUCCAGGAAUUCACUGCCCUCAGCAAUGAGGGCUUCCAGGGAGAUGGCUUCGCAGACACAGGGGACUACUGGCGCUCCUGGUAUGAGUCGCCCACCUUCGUGGAGGACUUGGAGAGCCUCUUCCAUCGAAUUGAGCCCCUCUACCUGAACCUCCAUGCCUACGUCCGCCGCAAGCUGCACCGGCGCUACGGGGACAGAUACAUCAACCUCAGGGGGCCCAUCCCCGCUCACCUGCUGGGGGACAUGUGGGCCCAGAGCUGGGACAACAUCUACGACAUGGUGGUGCCUUUCCCUGACAAGCCCAGCCUGGACAUCACCAGUAAGAUGGUGCAGAAGGGCUGGAACGCCACACACAUGUUCCGGGUGGCAGAGGAGUUCUUCACCUCCCUGGGGCUGCUGCCCAUGCCUCCGGAGUUCUGGGCAGAGUCCAUGCUGGAGAACCCCAACGACGGGCGUGAGAUAGUGUGCCACGCCUCCGCCUGGGACUUCUACAACAGGAAGGACUUCAGGAUCAAACAGUGCACGCGGGUCGCCAUGGAGCAGCUGUCCACCGUGCACCACGAGAUGGGCCACAUCCAGUACUACCUGCAGUACAAGGACCAGCCUGUCUCCCUGCGCCAAGGGGCCAACCCUGGCUUCCACGAGGCCAUCGGGGACGUGCUGGCGCUCUCUGUCUCCACGCCUGCACAUCUGCACAAAAUCGGCCUGCUGGACCAAGUCGUCAAUGACACGGAAAACGACAUCAAUUUCUUGCUGAAGAUGGCGCUAGAGAAGAUCGCCUUCCUGCCCUUCGGCUACCUGGUGGACCAGUGGCGCUGGGCCGUCUUCAGCGGCCGCACCUCCCCUUCCCGCUACAACUUCGACUGGUGGUAUCUCCGAGUCAAGUAUCAGGGCAUCUGUGCUCCAGUUAUCCGAAAUGAAACCCACUUCGAUGCCGGAGCCAAAUAUCACAUCCCAAACAUGACACCGUACAUCAGGUACUUUGUGAGUUUUAUCCUGCAGUUCCAGUUCCAUCAAGCCCUGUGCAAGGAGGCAGGCCACCAGGGCCCACUGCACCAGUGUGACAUCUACCAGUCCACCAAGGCAGGGGACAAGCUCCGGGAGGUGAUGCGGGUGGGCUCCUCGCGGCCCUGGCAGGAGGUGCUGAAGGAAGCCAUCGGCACAGAUGCCCUGGAUGCGCAGCCGCUGCUCAGCUACUUCCAGCCCAUCAGCCAGUGGCUACAGGAGGAGAACCAGCGGAACGGCGAGGUCCUCGGCUGGCCGGAGUAUCAGUGGCAGCCUCCGCUGCCCAACAAUUACCCACUCAACAUCGGUAAAGCUCUGAUCAUGGUGACCGAUGAAGUGACGGCCAGAAGCUAUUUGGAGGAAUAUGACAAGAAGUCCCAGGUGGUGUGGAAUGAGUAUGCGGAGGCCAACUGGAACUACAACACCAACAUCAGCAGAGAGACCAGCAUGAUCCUGAUGGAGAAGAACACGCAGAUGGCAAACCACACGGUGGAGUAUGGCUCCCGGGCCAGGCUUUUUGACAUUACCUACUUCCAAAACGCCACCCUAAAGCGGAUGAUACACAAGAUUCAGGACCUAGAACGGGCAGCGCUGCCUACCGCGGAGCUGGAGGAGUACAACCAGAUCCUGCUGAACAUGGAAACCACCUACAGCGUGGCCUCCGUGUGCCUCCCGAACGGCACUUGUCUGCAGCUGGAGCCGAAUCUGACGAAUCUGAUGGCCACAUCCCGGAAAUAUGAAGAGCUAUUAUGGGCGUGGAAGAGCUGGCGAGACAAGGUGGGGAGAGCCAUCCUCCCUUUUUUCCCCAAAUAUGUGGAACUCUCCAACAAGGCUGCCCGGCUCAAUGGCUACGCAGACACAGGGGACUCGUGGCGAUCCAUGUACGAGAUGCCAACUCUGGAGCAAGACCUGGAGAACCUCUUCCAGGAGCUGCAGCCGCUCUACCUGAACCUGCACGCCUACGUGCGCCGGGCGCUGCACCGCCACUACGGGCCCCAGCACAUCAACCUGGAGGGCCCCAUCCCGGCUCAUCUGCUGGGAAACAUGUGGGCCCAGACCUGGUCCAACAUCUAUGACUUGGUGGUUCCCUUCCCUUCAGCCCCCAGGAUGGAUGCCACGGAGGCCAUGAUAAAGCAGGGCUGGACACCCAGAAGGAUGUUUGAGGAGGCAAACAAUUUCUUCAUCUCCUUGGGACUGCUGCCCGUGCCCCCCGACUUCUGGAACAAAUCGAUGCUGGAGAAGCCAACCGAUGGGCGGGAGGUGGUGUGCCAUGCCUCCGCCUGGGACUUCUUCAGCGGCAACGACUUCAGGAUCAAGCAGUGCACCACCGUGAGCAUGGAGGACCUGGUGGUGGCCCACCACGAGAUGGGCCACAUACAGUAUUUCAUGCAGUACAAGCACUUGCCUCUGACCUUCCGGGAGGGCGCCAACCCGGGCUUUCACGAAGCCAUCGGGGAUGUGCUGGCCCUCUCCGUGUCUACCCCCAAGCACCUACACAGCAUCAACCUGAUGAACAGCGAUGGUGGCAGCUACGAGCAAGACAUCAACUUUCUGAUGAAGAUAGCACUCGACAAGGUCGCCUUCAUCCCCUUCAGCUACCUCAUUGACCAGUGGCGCUGGAGGGUGUUUGAUGGAGGCAUCACCAAGGAGAACUACAACCAGGAGUGGUGGAGCCUCAGGCUGAAGUACCAGGGCCUCUGUCCACCAGUGGCCAGGUCUCAAGACGACUUUGACCCAGGGGCCAAGUUUCACAUUCCUUCAAGUGUGCCUUACAUCAGGUACUUCGUGGGCUUCAUCAUCCAGUUCCAGUUCCAUGAGGCGCUGUGCCAGGCGGCUGGGCACAAGGGCCCCCUGCACCAGUGUGACAUCUACCAGUCCAAGGAGGCGGGGAAGCGCCUGGCGGACGCCAUGAAGCUGGGCUACAGCAAGCCGUGGCCCGAAGCCAUGCAGCUGAUCACAGGCCAGCCCAACAUGUCGGCCUCAGCCAUCAUGAACUACUUCAAGCCGCUGCUGGACUGGCUCCUCACCGAGAACGGGCGGCACGCGGAGCAUCUGGGCUGGCCUCAGUACAACUGGACGCCGGACUCCGCUCGCAGAGAAGGCUCCUACCCGGGCAAUGGCCGAGUCAACUUCCUAGGCCUGAACCUAGAGGAGCAGCAGGCCCGCGUGGGCCAGUGGGUGAUGCUCUUCCUGGGCAUCACCCUGCUGGUGGCCACCUUGGGCCUCACCCAGCGGCUCUUCAGCAUCCGCCACCACACCGUCCACCGGCCCCACCGCGGGCCCCAGUUCGGCUCCGAGGUGGAGCUGAGACAUACCUGAGGUGAUGACCGGGCCGCGCAGGCCAGCUGGGGAGCAUCGGCCAUUGAGACACUGGGAUAGGGACCUGGGGCGGGCCCCAAACCCCCCACUCUCACCGCUCACCCCAGCCCUCCCUCCCCCUCCUGCCCCGACCCUCCUCCCCUUCUGCCUCCAGUUCUGCGCCGAGAAUCCGUCCUCCAGACCCAGAGCCACCGUGACCCCUGCCCCCGGGUCCCCGGGCACCAGGCCACCUAACAAGGAACCCCCUCCCAGUCUCUCUGCAAAUACAAUUAAAGGUCCUGCCCUCCCGUCUGCGUCUGUGUCCCUCGCUGGGAAGCCAGGAACAGGGUCAGGGAUGCUCUCCCACCUCCUGGCAGUCAAACGGGUCACUUCAAUGGGCGUCUUCAUCCCCCUCCAAGAAGAGCCUGGGAAAAUGCCCCCGGAGCUCUGGCCCGGGCACCACCCCGCAGCGCCCACGCCUGCCUUCCCUCCCGCCCAGGCAAUCGGCCAGUGUCCUGCCUUGGCAGGCAGCCCCUGCCUGGCCGGGGCACCAACCCAGGAGGACUCUGGGAAGCAGACAUUCUGGCCUCCCCACCUCACAUUUCCAUGUGCUGGGGAGUCCUAAAACCCCAGCUGUUCCCAUAAAUGGCCACGUCCUCGGAGGGAAGGCUCCCCUGGGGGAAGGUGCCUUGCAUGUGCCUGACUCAUGAGGGAGCAGAACUGGCCCCGUGGCCACCUCAAGCUCCUACCCCCGCCAGCUCCCUGUCCACUUACAGUAUGCUCCAGCCAGGCCCCUUUGCCCCAGCCGGAGGAGGGCCCUAAAUGCCGGAGCACGGCAGGAGCCAGAGCCGCCCCAGGAACUCCCUGCCAGGUGCUGCCCCGCCUGUGGCCCCCGCGCAUGCCCUCACCCUGAGCCUCCCCUCAGGAGGCCAGUAUGGAUUUGAGGGAGUGUCAUUUUGAGGAACACAUUUUCAUAGCUUUUAUGUUUACUGUAGAAAAUUUGUAAAAUGCAGAAAACUUUAAAGAAAUAAAAACCCUUUAUGUUGAUAAGAG